AUGGGUUUCCUCCCAAGGAUGGCUGGCCUCUCCCUUAGAGAUAGGGUGAGAACCCAGUCCUUGGAAAUGCCUGCACUUUCUAUCACCUUGGAGUACUACACACCACAGGAAAUGGUGGGCUUUAAAAAGACAAAUCAUAGAGUGAAGAAGACCUGGAAGAAGGAGAAGAAAUCCAUUGCAGAUGACCUUCACCUCAAUGACACCUGCAGCUCUGACUUUGGCUCCAGGACACGUGGCCGAGGCCUCAAACAGGAGAAUGAUGAAGACCAAGAAGUAAAGAAGGAGGAGAAGGUGGUGAUGCAUGAAAUCCACCUGCUGUCUGGCGACAUCAGGAUGACAGAAAUGGACAUAAGCGACAAUGAGGAAUUUACCCCUCCUGAGCAUGCUGUAAUUGAGGAGGAUGAGGCAGAGCAGGAACUGCAGAAGCAGAGGAACCUGAAGCAAAUGCAGCUCCUGAAAGACUCUGGGGAGAAAGUGGCAGAGUAG